UGUCAGUUUUCCCUGGGUCGCGUUGGUGGCUUGUAGCGCCUUCCCUUGCUCGGUCUAGUGUCUGUUUACACCCUUUUCCUCCCGUGCAUAACAUCUGAACAUUGUCCCCGCCUUGUCCACCUCGACGCACGACAAUCUACUAACCUGCAGGCCUGAAUAUCGUCUGGAUCUCUCCGCGGCCUUGACUCGCGUUCGCCUCGGCCUCAUACACGACACUCGACACUCAUUGAAGGCGAAACGAGCGUAACCGCCUACCGUCCCAAAGCCUCUGCGCGUUACCGUUGCUAUGGAGAACUACCAGAAGCUGGAGAAGGUGGGAGAAGGAACUUAUGGAGUUGUAUACAAGGCCCGCGAUCUCACAACCAAGGACCAGCGCAUCGUCGCGCUCAAGAAGAUCCGUCUCGAAGCCGAGGAUGAGGGCGUCCCUUCGACUGCCAUUCGCGAGAUUUCGCUGCUCAAGGAGAUGAACGACCCGAACAUCGUCCGCCUGUUCAACAUCGUGCACGCCGACGGCCACAAGCUCUACCUCGUCUUCGAGUUCAUCGACCUCGACCUGAAGAAGUACAUGGAGGCGCUGCCAGUCAGCGAGGGCGGACGCGGUAAGGCCCUGCCCGAGGGCUCUGGGCUGGCAGGUCAGAAAUUGACCAUGGACUCCAACAUGGUCAAGAAGUUCAUGAUGCAGCUCUGCCAGGGUGUGCGCUACUGCCAUUCACACCGCGUUCUGCAUCGUGAUCUGAAGCCGCAGAACCUGCUGGUCGACAAGGAUCGCAAUCUCAAGCUGGCAGAUUUCGGUCUUGCUCGCGCUUUUGGUGUGCCGUUGAGGACAUAUACCCACGAGGUUGUAACGCUCUGGUACCGCUCGCCAGAGAUUCUGCUCGGUGGUCGACAGUACUCGACAGGCGUUGACAUGUGGUCGGUAGGCUGCAUUUUUGCCGAGAUGUGCACGCGCAAGCCAUUGUUCCCCGGUGACUCUGAGAUUGACGAGAUCUUCAAGAUCUUCCGCAUUCUCGGCACACCCAGCGAGCAAGACUGGCCCGGCGUCACAUCCUUCCCCGACUUCAAGCCUUCGUUCCCCAAGUGGAACCGAACAGACAUCGCAUCGAUUGUUACCACCCUCGACGACGUCGGCCUUGACCUGCUCGACGCUCUUCUUGUAUACGACCCUGCUGGCCGCAUCUCGGCGAAGCAGUGCGUGAUUCACCCUUACUUCGCAGGGGCAGCCGGCUACAGCAAUGGCUACCACUGAGGUGGUUGACAUCCCUGGAGGAUGCUAUGACGGUUACGCAAUUCGACGGAAACAUACUUGGCGUUAGGCAGAGGCAGUACCUCGCACCAGUGUGUAAUUAUGAUAUGUCUUGAAUACGAGGAUAAUGCUGCGAAGGCGACAGUGUUGGCGUUUGGGUCG